AUGACUGAGCGGACGACUCCGUACAAGAUCGCUAUCUUCGGUCCUGGAGAUGCUGGUUGCAUCGUCAUUCGCGAGGCAACACGCCUACCUGAGUUCCAGGUAGUCGGCGCGCUUGUGUUUUCAGAAAAGAAAGGGGGCAUUGACAUUGGUACAUUGGCCGGUACCGAAAAACCUAUUGGGGUCAAGACUACUGGCGAUUUCGACGAGUUCCUCAAGAUUGAUUGUGACGUGGUGGUCCACACUGCGCUUGAUGCCCCCUUCUUAAACCCAUUGGCAGACUUUGUCAGGCUGCUAGAGGCGGGUAAGAAUGUUGUGACAAGCCACCCAUACAGUUACCUACCAGCACGAGACCCAGCAUUCGGAGAGGCAAUUAAGAGUGCCUGUAAAAAGGGCAAGGCGACGUUUUAUGCUACCGGUUUGAACCCGGAUUUAAUGACUCAGCGCGUUGUUCCUCUUCUGACUGGGUUGUCCAACGACAUUACGCGCAUUCAGCUUGAGGAGUAUUUUAAUUGCCAGGACCAAUCUAAUGCUAGUAAUCUCCAAGUCAUUGGCAUUGGUGGAGCAAUCUCAGAGACAAUCGAUGACAACAGCCCGGCCAUAUGGUACCAGAAACACUAUAAUUACCAGAUGAUCUAUCACGUCUGCCGAGAAUUUGGUGUCAAGAUCGAUCGAAUCGAGGCUGUUAAAGAGUGCAUACCAGCUCCGGAAGACGUUGUACGACCUGUUCUAACAGUUAAGAAAGGUCAAACUGCUCUUAUUUCGUAUACCUCAACUGGCUACGUCGACAAUGAACCAUUCAUCAGCAUAAAGAUUACCUACUUCUUUGGCCAAGCCAUGAAACCGGUACACCUCGAUCAAGACAAUGUCUAUAUCAUCACCAUUGAAGGCAGACCGUCUUCCCGCACUGUCCUGAGUCUGAGGCCGUCGUAUCUAACCGACACUCAAUCCAUCAAGGGCGAGCCUGCGGCUCCUGCGUAUGUGACCUUUGCGGUGGCACUGCUUCAAGCCGUGCCGAUGGUAGCGGAGGCGCCUCAGGGGUUCAAAUCGCCUGAUGUGCCUCCAGUGCAUUGGAAGAAAGACCAAAGAAACCAUGUGGCUUCAUGUUACCAAGAGAUCUAG